CUCUCCAAGCCACCAAAGAAGCCUGCGUCUCAGGGCGAUGAUGCGCGAGGAAAAUCUUCCAAGCUUGGGCUUUCUCCGUCCAACUGGAGAUCUUCCUAAGAACCUUAGGUCUCCUCAGGAAGGGUGAUACCGCGUAUGGAAGCGAGCGCGAGCAUGGCCAAUGCAUCAUCUCUCCUCUCGUCUUCUCUCCCGACCAAGCGUAGAGCUUCCGCAUUGGGUUCUGGAACAAGCGGUAAUACAGGGGCGUGGUAUCAAGUACCCGAGCUCAACCUUCGCGAUCAUCGUUUCGAAGUUCCUCUCAAUUAUGCUGCUCCUUCCGACUCGACAAUCUCAGUCUUCGCUCGAGAAGUCGUCUCAGUUGGAAACGAGGAGAAAGACCUGCCAUUUUUGCUCUUCUUGCAAGGGGGUCCCGGAUUUGAAUCCCUUCGUCCGCUGGAGUGCAGUGGAUGGCUGAAAAGAGCUUGCGAGGACUUUCGAGUCAUCCUUCUAGAUCAGCGAGGAACUGGGCUUUCUACCGCCUUGACUGUUGGAUCGCUGAACCAACUUUCGAGCCCCCAGGCACAGGCAUCCUACCUCCAGCAUUUUCGAGCAGAUAACAUCGUCAGAGACGCGGAGAUGAUUCGAAAGAGCCUUGUGCCACACGGAGAGCCUUGGACUCUCCUUGGUCAGAGCUAUGGUGGUUUCUGUGCCGUUACUUAUCUAAGCAUGGCACCAUCCGGCCUGGAGCAAGUGCUACUCACGGGCGGUCUUCCUCCUAUUGACGCUGGAUGCACUGCCGAGGCCGUGUAUCGUGCUUGCUACAAGCGUGUCCUGCUCCAAAACAUGAAGUUUUACCAGCGUUUCCCUCGGGAUGAAGAGCUCGUCCGGGAGAUUGUUUUACACUUGGCAAGUAGCGAAGGUGGAGGGGUGCUUCUUCCAUCUGGUGGCAAGCUCACACCAAGGAGCUUUCAGUUGCUUGGCUUGACAGGAUUGGGAUCACACUCUGGCUUUGAAAAGCUUCACUUCACGUUGGAGCGAGCAUGGGAUCCUGUUCUUGUACCUGGCAUUAGCAAGCAGCUUAGCUACACAUUUCUUCGAGCGUUUGAGAACUGGCUGGAUUUCGAUACAAAUCCUUUAUAUGCACUGAUGCACGAGCCUAUCUACUGCCAGGGUGCGGCAUCAAACUGGGCAGCACAAAGAGUAAGAGAUGAACUGGGUGAGCAGUUUGAUCCGGUCUUUGCUGCAAACCAUAGCGAGCCCGUUCUUUUCACGGGAGAGAUGGUGUAUCCAUGGAUCUUUGACGAGAUAAAACCGUUGCAUCCUCUAAAGGAGGCUGCAAACCUCCUAGCUGAGAAACAAGAUUGGCCAGUUCUCUACAACCAUGAGGUUUUACGCUCUAACAAGGUGCCCGUCGCAGCAGCGGUGUAUUACGAAGACAUGUACGUAAAUGUGAACUUGUCAGAGGCGACGGCUGCGUCCAUACCAGGAAUAAGGCUGUGGAUCACUAACGAGUUCAUGCACUCUGGACUCCGUGAAGAUGGCUAUCGAGUCUUGGAUCAUCUCCUUGCGAUGCUAAAAGGAAAGAGACUGCUUCGAUGACUUUCCUUUAAACAUUCGAAAUUCCUUUAUUGUUUAGUGAGUUCCAAGCGCUACUCUUCCAAGCCGAGAGAGGCAGCGAGGAAGUGAAACGCCAUGUAUUGGUUAUAUGGACGUCGCUGUACCUCUCUCCCUUGACGGAAUCAACCGAAACUACCCUCUCGACCUCGUC